AUGGUUGCCAUCACCAACCUCUUGCUCACCGCCACCCUCGGGGCCGCCGGUCUCGGGUCGGCUCUGCCUCCGAGGAUCGGCACCACCGUCGUCGACGGCGAGAACAGCCCAGACGCCAGCUCCGGUAGGGUCACGCUGCACCAAGUGCGCAACCCCAGCUACCGCUUCAAUGGCGCCCUGUCCGUCUACAAAACGUACCUGAAGUUCGGCAAGACGGCGCCCGACUACCUCGUCAAGGCCGUCGCCAAGAUCCAGGACUCGCGCCUGGCCGAGGCGGUGCGGAGGCGCGGCGACACGGGCAGCGCCGCGGCGAUACCCAUCGAUGAGUUCGACAUUGCCUACGUCACGCCCGUGACGGUCGGCACGCCGCCGCAGAAGCUGAACCUCGACAUCGACACGGGUUCGUCAGACCUCUGGGUCUUUUCGAGCCACACGCCGGCGUCGCAGAUCCGGGGCCAGGAGAUCUACACGCCGUCCAAGUCGAGCACGUCGCAGCUGCUGGCUGGCCACAGCUGGAGCAUCACGUACGGCGACGGCUCUGCGUCGCGCGGCAACGUGUACAUUGACAACUUCACCGUCGGCGGCUUGACAGUCAAGAGCCAGGCCGUGCAGUGCGCCCAGCAGGUCUCGUCGAGCUUCACCAGCGAGGGCCACAUCGACGGGCUCGUCGGCCUGGGCUUCAGCUCCCUCAACACCGUCAACCCCAAGGCUCAGUUGACCUUUUUCGACAAUGCCAAGGCCGGCCUGGAGAAGCCCGUCUUCACGACUGACCUGAAGUUCCACGCACCCGGCACCUAUGACUUUGGCUUCAUCAACGCCACCAAGUACAAGGGCGAGAUCACGUACGUGCCGGUCAACAACGACCCGGGCUACUGGACGUUCACGUCGUCGGGGUACGCGGUCGGGUCCGGGACGUUCAGCACGACGACGGUGACGGGCAUCGCCGACACGGGCACCACGCUGCUGUACCUGCCGACGGCCAUCGUGACGGCGUACUACCGCGGGGUGUCGGGGGCGUCCAACAGCCGGUCGUACGGCGGCUACGUGUUCCCCUGCGCCGCGACCGUGCCAUCGUUCACGUUCGGCAUCGGCGCGGCCCGCGUCACCAUCCCGCCCUCGUACCUCAACUACGGCCCCGUCACCGACGGCUCGUCGACCUGCUUCGGCGGCCUGCAGAGCAGCAGCGGCGUCGGCAUCAACAUCUUCGGGGACGUGGCCCUCAAGGCGGCCUUUGUCGUGUUUGACGGUUCGAACCCGCCAACUCUGGGCUGGGCUGCCAAGGCUUAA